AUGGAGUCACUUCUGUCCCUCAGCUUCGACAGUCUCACCUCAACAUCAGCAAACAAAGUCCGAAGAGGGCUCAAGCAAUUGUCUGGACUGCUCAGUCAAAUCUGCCUGUCACAUCACUCAGCAACCAAGCCUCAAGCACAGCCUCUCAAAUCAUUGGCAUCGGAUCCUGCCUUUCGAGCGUUCAUCAACCUGCAGGAUUCAUUCCAGUAUAACGUCUGUGUACACCUCAUCAGCUGCUUGGAGCGUUUACUGGGGAAGGGUAGUAGUGGAGAGAACGACCUCUUACUGAUAGGAUGUCUGGAAUUGCUGGUGGGCUGCCUCCUAAUACAUCGACCGUCGAGGGAGCUGUGGAGGAGAGAGGUAAACAUCAAUCUGUUCCUAGAUCUUCUCGACCCAUCCUGCUGCCCGGCAGUCCAUAUCGCGACACUCAGAGCACUCACUGUGGCACUCAUGGAUCAGCCUGCCAACAUCCGCGUCUUCGAAGAGCUUGAUGGACUGAUGGUCGUCACAAGCCUUUUCAAAACACGACAGACCAGCUUGGAAGUGAAGAAGGAGCUGAUUGAGCUGCUUUGCUUUUACUUGGAGAAGGAGGUAGAGGUCGAGGAUGAGAGCGUUCCAGCAAGAGAGUCGGCUCUGCUCUUAGGUACCAGCAAGGAUGAAGUACUGGAAGCGUUCAGGAGAGCGAGCAGAGAGCAAGGCAGUGCUUCGGCAAAUCAGACGGACAAGCCCAUUCUGAGGACGAGACACGAGAAAGAGACGCUUCUCGGGCGUCAUCUCGGCGAGGAACAACUCGCGGUUCUUUGCUCGGGCUGA